UGGUGGAUACCGAGAAUGUAUCUCAUCGUCCUCUUUGUUGCGGCUCUGCAAACACUCAACGUGACGCCUGCGCGACAUACGCUGCGUUAUUUCGUGACGGCGUCCUCUCAAAUCGCAAAUCUGCCAGCGUACUGGGAGGUCGCGUAUGUGGACGACGUUGAGAUUUUGCAGUAUGACAGCAAGAGCCGCAAAACGAAAGCCAAGCUGGACUGGGUGAACAAAAUCGCAGCAGAGGAUCCAGACUUGUUGGAGCGAGAGAUGUACGGCAGUAUCGACAAUGAGCAGGUGUACAAAGUCAACAUUGAAAUCGCUAAAGAGCGCUUCAACCAAACUGGAGGCGUUCACAUGAUGCAGUGGAUGUUCGGUUGUGUAUGGGAUGACGAGACUGGUGAGGUGGAUGGUUGGAGUCAGGACAGCUAUGACGGAGAAGACUUCAUCUCAUUUGAGUGGAAAACGAUGCGAUGGAUCGCAGCCAAUCCACAAGCUUUCAUCACAAAGAACAAGUGGGAACAAUUGGCCGGCUACAAAGAAUACAGGAAGAGAUACGUCACUGAGAUUUGUCCUGCUGACUUGAAGACGUACGUGAGCCAUGGGCGGGACUUCCUGAUGAGAACAGAGCUUCCGACGGUGUCUCUCCUCCAGAAGACGCCUUCCUCUCCGGUCACCUGCUUCGCGACGGGUUUCUACCCCUUCACAUCGGAUCUUUACUGGACGAAGGACGGCGAGCAGCUGUACGAGGACGUGGAGAUGGGCCGGACGCUCCCCAACCACGACGGAACCUUCCAGACCGCGGUCCACCUGAACGUGGAGGUGCCGCCCGACGCGGAGGCCAAGUACGAAUGUGUGUUCCGGCUAGCCGGCGUCGAGGAAGCCAUCGUCGUGAAGUUGGACGGCAAAAACAUCCUGAGCAACGCGUGCGACGCAGAAGAACGAGUCAAGAUGCUGGUGGGCGUCGCGUUGGGGGUCCUGGUUCUGCUGGCGGCGGCUGGGGUGAGAGCAGUCCUUGCCAAGCGUCACCGGAAGAGACUAGCAAUGUACUCUGCAGCGUGUGCAUAUCCUCGUCCUACCUCCGCCUGUCAGUGCCCCCUGCCCGACUGAGCACCAUGGGAGCUA